GUGGAGAGAUAGUGUGGGACAGUGGAGAGAUAGUGGAGAGAGUGGAGAGAUUGUGUGUGAGGGUUGAGAGAUAGUGUUGGAGACUGGAGAGGUAGGUUGGGAGAGUGGAGAGAUAGAGUGGGAGAGUGGAGAGAUAGUGUGGGAAUGUGGAGAGAUGGUGUGGGAGAGUCGAGAGAUGGUGUGGGAGAGUGGAGAGCUAAUGUGGGAGAGUGGAGAGAGAGUAUGGGAGAGUGGAGAGAUAGUGUCGGAGAGUGGAGAGAUAGUGUGGGAGAGUCGAGAGAUGGUGUGGGAGAGUGGAGAGCUAAUGUGGGAGAGUGGAGAGAGAUUGUGGGAGAGUGGAGAGAUAGUGUGGGAGAGUGGAGAGAUAGUGACGGAGAGUGGAGAGAUAGUGGAAAGAGUGGAGAGAUAGUGUGGGAGAUUGGAGAGAUAUUGUAGGAGAGUAGAGGGUAGUGUGGCAGAGUGGAGAGAUAGUGUGGGAGAGUGGAGAGACAGUGUUGGAGAGUGGAGAGAUAGUGUUGGCGAGUGGACAGAUAGUGUGGGAGAGUGGAGAGAUAGUGUGGGAGAGUGGACAGAUAGUUAGGAAGAGUGGAGAGAUAGUGGAGAGUGUGGAGAGAUAGUGUGGGAGAGUGGAGAGAUAUUGUGGGACAGUAGAGAGAUAGUGCAGAGAAUGGAGAGUUAGUGUGUGAGAGUGGAGAGAUAAUGGAGCGAGUGGAGAGAUAGUGGAGAGAGUGGAGAGAUAGUGUGAGAGAGUGGAGAGAUAGUGUGGGAGAGUAAAGAGAUAGUGUAGGGGAGUGGAGAGAUAGUAUGGGGCAGUAGAGGGAUAGUGGAGAGAGUGGAGAGAUAGUGGAUGAGAGUGGAGAGAUAGUAUGGGAGAGUGGAGAGAUAGUGUAGGAGAGUCGAGAGAUAGUAUGGGAGAGUGGAGAGAUAUUGUGGGAGAGUGGAGAGAUGGUGUGGGACAGUAGAGAGAUAGUGGAGAGACUGGAGAAAUAGUGUGGGAGAGUGGAGAGAUAGUGGAGAGAGAGUAUGGGAGAGUGGAGAGAUUGUGUGUGAAUGUGGAGAGAAAGUGUGACAGAGUGGAAAGACAAUGUGGCAGAGUGGAGAGAUAGUGUGGGAGAGUCGAGAGAUGGUGUUGGAGAGUGGAGAGAUAGUGUGGUAGAGUGGAGAGAGAGUGUGGGAGAGUCGAGUGAUAGUGUGGGAGAGUGGAGAGAGAGUGUGGGAGAGUGGAGAAAUAGUGUGGGAGAGUCGAGAGAUAGUGUUGAAGAGUGGAGAGAUAGUGUGGGAGAGUGGAGAGAUAGUGUAGGAGAGUGGAGAGAUUGUGUGACAGAGUGGAGAGAUAGUGUCGGAGAGUGGAGAGAUAGUGUGGGAGAGUGGAGAGAUAGUGUGGGAGAGUGGAAAGAUAGUUUGGCAGAGUGGAGAGAUAGUGUGGGAGAGUGGAGAGAUAGUGGAGAGAUAGUGUGGGAGAUAGUGUGACAAAAUGGAGAGAUUGUGUGGGAGUAUGGAGAGUUAGUGCAGAGAUCGUAUGGAAGAUAGUGUGACAGAGUGGGAAGAUAGUUUGGGAGAGUGGAGAGAUCGUGGAGAGAUAGUGAGAGAGAUAGUGUGAGAGAGUGGAGAGAUGGUGUGGGAGAGAGGAGAAAUAGUGGAGUGAUAGUAUGGGAGAUAGUGUGACAGAGUUGAAAGAUUGUGUAGGAGAGUGGAGAGAUCUUGGAGAGAUAGUGAGGGAGAUAGUGAACUAGAGUGGAGAGAUAGAGUAGGAGAUUGGAGACAUAGUGGAGAGAUAGUGGUAGGGUAGUUUGGCAGAGAUAGUGUGGUGGAGUGGAGAGAUAGUGUGGGAGAGUAUAGAGAUAGUGGAGAGAUCGUGUGAGAGAUAUUGUGACAGAGUGGAAAGAUCAUGUGGGAGAGUGGAGAGAUAGGGGACAAAUAGUAUGGGAGAGUGGAUUCAUAGUAGAGGGAUUGUGGAGAGAUAUUGGAUAGAUAGUGUGGCAGAGAUAGUGUGGCAGAGUCGAGAGAAAGCAUGGGAGAGUGGAGAGAUAGUGGAGAGAUAGUGGAGAGAUCGUGUGGGAAAUAGUGUG